AUGGACGUGACGGAGCAAGCAAGAAAGGAUGUUGAGGCGCUAAAGGCGAUUUUCGACCAAUUUGAUGUGAAUCAUGAUGGACGACUUUCACUGAAAGAAAUAAUCACGUGCUACCGACGAUUUGGACAAAAUCCGACGGAGGAGGAAGUGACCAAACGCAUGAGUGCGUUUCGAGCCUUUGACGUCUACGCAAAAGGAUCCAUCAAAGCGAGCGAUUUAGCCAAAGCGCUCGAGUUUACUGAAGUUGAUCCUGACGAAGCUGCUAAUUUCAUCCAAGAUUUGGAUAUUGAUGGCGAUGGGAAUAUCACUUAUGAUGAGUUUACAAAGCAUAUUUCUGACUCAAUUGUGCGAGAAGCUCUUGGCGUAAAAUCUGAACCAAAAGCUCCAGAAGACAUGGAAUAA